GUACAGUUUAAACGGAGAAAGUUCACUGACUGUUAAAGUCCUAUGCAGAUGUGUUUCAAGCCAAGCACUGGUUAUUAAUCCAGUUUGAGUCGUCAGGAUGAGAAACAUCUUGUUGAUCCUCCUCUUCUUUUUCACAGCUGAGAUCACUGAGACCACCUCUGCUGUGGCAACAGAAGGAUCAUCUACAUUUUCAGAAUUCACUGAGACCACCUCUGCAACAGAAACAUCUACACUUUCAGAGAUCACUGAGACCACAGAAGCACCAUCAUCUACAAGUUCAGAAUUCACUGAGACCACCUCUGCAACAGAAACAUCUACACUUUCAGAGGUCACCGAGACCACUUCUGCCAUGAUAACAGAAACAUCAUCAACUACACGUCCAGGUCUGAAUAUCACAGUUCUUGAAGAUUGCAAGGUCUGGAGAUACGCUAAUGCCACCCAAGAGUGUACAAAGAACCUCCUGAAUCAGAUUGACAACAUCACUACUGAAGUGUUAUUAAAGAAAGAUGUGGAGGUCGCAUUGGAGAUCCUUACUACUCAAGAACACAGUAAGCCUGUCGCAACAACUAACCAAGAUGGACUAGUGUCCUCUUUCAAUAGCAUACUGAGAGCCACAGACAAACUGAUGUCUACUUUGGUGAGGAAAGUAGAGACCAACUCUUCUAUUAGCAUCUCCCUUGAAACUAUAGAGGCUCGUGUUUUUGAAGUUGGACCAAGUUGUUCCUUGAUGGAAAUCCCUCAGCUUGACACAGCAGAUGCUAAAAUGGAUAUUGAUCUCAUUGGGAUUUCUAAAAACAAGAUGAAUCAAGGGUACGCAGCUGUAGCGUUCAUGAGCUACACCAACAUGUCGAAUUCCAGCCUGUUCAGUACAACUAUCAGCACAAUGAAACUUCUAUCCACUGUGGUUUCAGCCACGCUCCCCAGAACCAGAAACACAAGACUCACCAAACCAGUCAACUUCACCCUGAAGCACACUGCAGAGUUGGAAACCAGUGGUACCCCCUCCUGUGUCUACUGGAAAGAAACUGACUGGGUCACAGACGGCUGUACACUAAUAGAGACCAACAGCACUCAUUCUGUCUGCUCCUGUGAUCACCUGUCAACCUUCGCUCUCAUCAUGCAGACCAAACCAUCUGAGAAUGCCCAUUUGGAAGUGCUCAGCAUGGUGGCCGAGGCACUGGGACUGGUGUUCCUGGUCUUGGCUCUGUUGACCUUUGCCCUCUGUCGAAGGAACCCAAGAGUGUUCAACAUGGCCCGGAUCAAUCUGUGUAUAAGCCUGUUGUUGGCCCACUUUUUCUUCCUGCUCACACAAAUAUUACUGCGGUACAAAUACUUACAGCCUCUUAAGUUGGCGUGUGCGGUGAUGGCAGGUGUUCUGCACUUCCUCUUCCUCUCUGCUUUUGUGUGGAUGUUCAUUGAGGCACUGAUGCUCUUCAUCGCUGUAAAGAACCUGUCACGUCCCAAAUCAAAGCAGAAGGAGUUGCUUAAAUGGAAGCUUUUAACUGUGGUUGGGUACAUAGUCGCUCUGUUUGUGGUGGGCGUGUCUGCUGGAGUGGUACCUCAAGGAUAUGGCAGUGAACAAUGCUGGCUUAAGAGGGACAAAAACUUCAUCUGGAGCUUUCUGGGUCCUGUUUCUUUCAUCAUUGCAUCCAACAUAAUCCUCUUCAGUUUGAUUGCUAUCAGUCUGGGAUAUUCUCUGGUUCGCCUGAACAGUAACGUUUCACAGAUAAAACAAACCAGGACUGUUUUCUUUAAAACCAUGGCCCAGUUUGUCAUCCUCGGCUGCCCGUGGAUUCUGGGGUUCUUCACUGCUGACAGUAAGGCUCUGGAGAUUAUCUUCUUGAUCUUCAUCUCUCAGCAAGGCACCUUCAUCUUCAUCAUCCACUGUGUCCUCAGUAAAGAGGUAAGGCAAGAGUACAGGAAGCUGCUGGGUGGUUUUCAGUCUAAUUUCUCUCCAACCACCAUCACUGAAGCCCACACCACACACGGAGGAAGUACAGAUCUACACACCAGUUAAAUGCAUAGCUUUAAAGCUUUCAAGCUUAUAAUACUAAUUCAGUGUUGGAUCGGUUUAAAGUUGAAGCACUUCUACACACUUUCUCUAAAAAUAAAAUGAUUCUUAUGCAAAGAUUAUGUAAAGUUGCAUCAUAUGUAAAAAUCUUCUAUUUUCACGGGCACUGAUUUAAUGUUACACUGUAUUUUAUGUUGUGUUACAACUGCAAAUACAGCAUAUUUUAUUUUUUAUGCAAUUUCACACAUUUAUUACUCUGUUGGUUAAUUUGAGUUUUCUGAAUAUGGGAUUUGUUUAAGAUGCUUCACGCCUGUCUAUGACUUAUUCUGUUAGUGAAUAAUGAAUAAUAUUGCACUGUAUGAAUGGCGCAGCACAUCUGAAUCCAAGUAAAUGGUGGGGAAAUCAAAAAGGUGGGGAUCCUAUGAUAAAAGCUAUCAAUGAGAUAACCUUUUAUAUUAACGACUCCUCUGCAAACAAUCCUUUGCUGCAUGUGUAGCUCACUUUGCACGACAAAGACAAACUAUACAGCUUACAAAUGUAAUUAAUACUUGCAAGAAUUCUCAGAAGGUUUUUGUUUCAUUUAUUUGUUACUGGCAGGAAUUGAGUUGAUGUGAUAUAUUUUAUUAACGUCGAAAUGAUGUAAACAUUCAAAUCAAGCAAAGGCAUUUUAUCACUUUCAUCAGCUUUGAUUGUCCAUGUACUUAUGAAAGGCACUUCGAUAGGAGAUUUUUCUAAGGAGGAUAUAAGACAAAUGCAUUUGCAUGAAGAAGGAAAAUGGAAAAUACAUAAAGACAGAUUUAUUAAAUUUGAAAAGCUACAGAGAAAAUGGGACUCUUAACAACUGUGCAUGACCUGGUAGACCACAAAGACUGUGUCCAUCAAAUGGACAGCUUUAAGCUUUGAUCUUUGACAGCCCAAUGCUUUGGGUUUGUAAUGAAGAUUUAAGAUUCAAGACUGGUUUAUUGUAUUAACAAUACACAGCAUUCAAAAAUACAUUAAAAUGUUUGGCCCCACUUCAUAAUUAGUGUCUCUAAAAACAGUGUAGUUACAUGUGAAUAACAUAUGAAAUGACAAUGUUACUACUAAUAAUUAAGUCACUGUCAUUGAUGGAUUUCAGAAAUAAAUCAUAUGUAAUUA